AUGAAGUACUCUAUCACCGCCUCCCUCCUCUUCGCCGCUACCGUCCUCUCUUCUCCUGUUCCAACCCCUACCUCCAACCUCCACCAAAAUCUCGCCCGUCAAGAGCCAACCACCACUGCAACUCCAACAUGCCCAUACUCCGUAACUGUCACCGCAACUCGUUCCUGCACUGCUCCAGCCUGCGAGGACCCACUCUUCUGCGCUGCAAUGGUAAAUCUUCAAUCAUUCGGAUGUGAUUGUCUUACCAAGCCUCCGUCCACCACCACUGUUACAAAAAGAUGUGACAGUGAUUGCGAUUGUGCUAUCCCCACCAGUUGGGUUGUGCCGAAGGGAUGUGAUGUUGAGGCGGUUUUGAAGGGAGAGAAGGGACCGGUUAAGGUUAAUCCUAACAAGGAAGAGGAGAAUGUUGAAGGGGGCAGUGCAGAGGAGGGCCAAGGGAAGGAUGGGAUUACGGAGGAUGGCCAGGUGUUCGGGAAGGGACCGAUAAAGGUUAAUCCUAACAAGGAUAUCGACAAUUUGUUGUAA